AGUCAAUCGCAGGGGCCGGGGGACGCGUGCGCAGUGCAGCCGCUCCGCUUCGCUCCGCUCCCGCUGCCUCUCCCUCUCCCUCCGGUGUCGAACCCGGGGGCAGCGCACGGGCGGCGGCCGUGGGCACGGGGCAGCGGACGGCGCUGCUCGACGGCGCGGAUGCCCGACCCGCUCCAGCCGUGCGGAUGCAGGGACGCUAACCGGGCUGCUUGGGUCACCUGCGGCCUGGGAGCAGCAGUGAGCAGCAGAAGAGCCCCUGGAGCACGACCCACCCACGGCCACCGUGUAUGAGGCUGGGACGCAGUACGCAGGACCUGCGUCCGCAGAGCCACCCCUUCCGAUGUCCCGGCAUGAGACUUCUCCGACAACGGUGCAACCCGCCAGCAACCACCGCCCCAACGCCUGCUGCUUCUGCUGGUGCUGCUGCUGCAGUUGCUCAUGGAACGAGGACCGGGAGCGAGCGUGGAGGGCGUCCCGGGAGACCAAACUGGAGACCAUCCCAAACUGUGAAGCGUGCUCCAAACCCACCACGGAGGAGGUGCGGGGCUGGGCGCAGUCCUUUGACAAGCUGAUGAAGAGCCCAGCUGGUCGCAACGUCUUCCGGGAGUUCUUGAGGACUGAGUACAGUGAGGAGAACAUGCUCUUCUGGCUGGCGUGCGAGGAGCUCAAAACCGAGUGCAACAAACACACCAUCGAUGAGAAGGCCAGGACCAUCUAUGAGGACUACAUCUCCAUCCUCUCGCCCAAGGAGGUGAGCCUGGACUCGCGGGUGCGGGAGGUGAUCAACAGGAAGAUGCAGGAGCCGUCCUCGCACACGUUCGACGACGCUCAGCUCCAGAUCUACACGCUGAUGCACAGAGACUCCUACCCUCGCUUCCUGAACUCUGCCAUAUACAAAUCGCUGCUCCAGAACGUCUCCCGUUCCUCCUCGGAGUCCUAAAGGCCGUGGGGGCAGCGGCGGGGACGCGGCACCAGGAGGGAGAGCGGUGGGGGGGGGGGG